UAACAAACGAACAUAAGCUUGAUCAGUGCAGGGGCUUAUACAGUGCAGAUUUUUUUCAUCUUUGCACAGCAGAAAGGACUCAUUCAUCUGCACAUCCCCAUAGUCCAAAGCCCAAAUUGCUCUCUGUCAAGCCCCAUUCCUAACAACCAUUCACUCGCACAGGCUAUCUCAUGCUCCCUUCCUCAAGUAUGUUAUCUCUUUAUCCCCAGGAAAUGGCCAUGGCUUGGAACUGCCCGACAGAUUGCCUUGUUUUUUCAGGAGAAUUUCUCUGAUUGGCUCUAAGACCUAUCACUCACUCCGAGUACUGGAAGAGCAGACGCCUAUUCAGAUCAGAUUCAGGCUCAGCAGCGACAGUCAGACAGGACUAACAAGCACUGCAGCAAUUACUCCAUGCUAAGCGCCACCUCUCACAAUGGGCUUUUUUGAGUUGGUCUUCACUGCAAUUGGGGCGAGCGUUGUCUUCUGCUAUGUUCUUAAAACCCUGAGACUUCUGAAGGUUCUUUUUCCAAAACUUUGGGACACUUUGCCAGGGAAUUUUUUUACUUCCAUGGGAGAGUGGGCCGUCAUCACUGGAGGCUCUGACGGAGUUGGCAAAGCAUAUGCCCUCGAGCUGGCCCAGCGUGGAAUGAAUGUGGUUAUUAUUAGCCGAAGUGUUGAAAAGCUAAAGAAAACAGCAGAAGAAAUAGAAAAGACUUCUGGCAAAACUGUAAAAGUUUUGGCGGCUGAUUUCACCAAGGACAAUGUCUAUGAAUCUAUAGAGAAAACCCUUAAAAACCAGAGCGUUGGUAUUUUAGUUAACAAUGUUGGCAUGUUGCCUACGCCCAUCCCCUGUAAGUUUCUCAAUAUGAAGUUUCUCGAGCGGAGACUCAAUGAGGUAAUAAACUGCAACACAAAAGCAAUGAUGCAUAUGUGCAGACUUGUCCUUCCUGGGAUGGAGAAAAGGGGGAAAGGGGUCAUUCUGAAUGUUUCAUCUGGAAUGGCUACCAUUCCCUUCCCCACAUAUACACUCUACACAGCAUCAAAGGUAUGUGUGGAUACAUUCUCCCAAGGCCUUCAAGCUGAGUACAAAGCAAAAGGAAUCAUUAUACAGGCAGUGACUCCUUUUGCGAUAUCCACCCAUAUGACCGGCUACCAGAAACCCAACCUAAUCACCCUCACACCAGAGAAGUUUGUCAAGACAUCUCUGGCCUACCUGAAAGCAGGAGACAAGACUUUUGGGAGUAUCCCUCAUACAAUAAUGGGGUGGAUUCUUCAGACAGUGCCAAUUCAGUUCUUCCACACAGAGAAGAUGCAGCAACAGCUGAUUGAAUUAGUAAAAAAAAAUAAUACAUCUUUGUGAUUUAUGUAUUAUGAGAGGUUGGAGAGAUGGCUUUUUUAGUACUCUAUCUGCAAGAAGUACUCCAUUUUUUUUGUUCUAUAUGUUAUCAAUGCUAGUUCUAAAGGUCACAGCUUGUACACAUAUUCAGGACAUCACAUGGAUAUUUAAUUACUCUGUAAAUACACCUGGAGUCCAUUGUGUUUGACUUCAAUCAGUAACUUGCGUAUGGUCUCGCCCGGAACCUGCGUAAAACUUUCCCUAUCAUAAAACUGCAACCUGAUGCUACUUUGUUCCUUUAGCUUGAACAAAAGGAACGUCUUUUCCAGAUGUUCUCUCUCUCUUUGACCUCCUCUCUCUGCCGGCAUUCCGCCAGGCACACAUCUCUUUGACCUCUCCUCAACUCUAGCAUCGCCUGGAGCACACCCUCUCUCCCUCCACCGUCAACCGGUGAAGGCCUUUUGUCUUACGGCCGACACACGCCUAAGAUCUCUGAUCAGUCAACGAACUGCUAAGUGAGACGAAGUAAGUUUAGCGAAAGCAGCUAACAUUAGACCUGCUAGCUAAAUUGCAAAGGGAACAGCAACAGAAUCGCGCAACUGCAACGGAACGAGCGAUCACAUCCUCCGACCUCAACUGCAGACACAAAGACAUCGCAGCAAGGACAAACUUCAUCCAUCUACGGAAAGCAUCAUCUUUUCUCUGCCUCAUCUAUGUCGGAUCCACACUUUUCCCAAAGGACUGGUAAACUCUGACAUUAACUGGGCAUUUAGCUAUCGUAGUUUA